AUGCCACGCCAGAAUGAAGAUAAUGGUCAGUUAUUUCUUUCUCUAAUAACGUAGUGAGGUGUCACAGAUCCUGAAGAACAACCGUUGCCUGCUGGACAAGUUGAAGAUGAACACGAUGCUAUCGAUGAAAUGUUCAACAACGAGGUUGACGAUCCCGAAGAAGAGGACGGAGAGAAUUUGUUCGGAGAUGAUAUGGAAAGGUGAUUUUUUUUAAUUUGUAGUGACUUCUUACUCUUUCUUUGAAUUUGUAGGGAUUAUCGCGAACAACCGGAACUGGAUGUUUAUUCUGAAUCUGGGAUGGACGACGCUUCGGAUAUUGCGGAUAUCUCUAUAGAUGCUCGGCGAGCCGCUGAGCGCGAAAUGGCGCAGCGUGACCAGAUGUUCGACGACGACGCUUUGAUGUAUGAGGAUGGCGACGACGACGUGCGAAGACGUGGAACUGCACGAGGACGUCCAACUGCUGCCGGAGACGCAGAUGAAGCCGCAGUCGAGGAGGAAAUCCCGAUCGACAUCCUCGAGAACAUCCGCGGCCGGAGUAUCAGGGACCAUGUUGCUGAUGAGGCGGUCUCCAAAGAGAUCGAAAGACGCUUCAAAAGUUUUCUGCGGACCUUCAAGGACAGCAACACCCAGCAGGUCAAGUACGUCCAAGCGAUCCGGCAGAUGGCCGCUGACAACAGGGAAUCAUUGGAGGUUUGCAGCUUGUUUUUUUCAGAAUACAGAAAAAUCUUCUUCAGGUCAGCUUUAUUGAUCUCAGUGACGAAAAUGGAGAACAGAACAUAUCUUAUUUUCUUCCAGAAGCUCCAAUUCAGGUAUUUUUUUCCCGAUAAUUUUUGGAUAAAAUCCCCAAGAGCUUUUUGUUUUUCGUAAUAGGAUCUCACCUAUUUUCGACACUCAAAGGGGUAUAUAAGAUAGGAUUGUGAUAAGGUUGAAUUACCCUCUUGGUUAGGCAACCGGAUAACCUUCGGACAUUUUACAGAUGCUGCAAAUCAUGGACCGUGCCGCGACCGACCUGGUCCUGAGUAUGUUUCCCUUCUACUCCCGUGUUUGCACUGAGAUAAAGGUUUUUCGUGGAUUUCGUGUGGUUUUCACCUUUUUUUGAUUGUGUCAGGUGCGGGUUUCGCAUCUGCCUGUAGAGGAAGACAUUCGUAUGCUCCGACAAGUUCAUCUCAACAUGCUAGUUCGGACCGGAGGAGUGGUGACGGUGGCUAGUGGUACGUUCGCUUCUGCCCUCAUCGUUAGAUGAACGAAUCCAGGAAUUCUACCCCAACUGGCAGUCGUCAAGUACGACUGUAUUGCGUGUGGCUAUCUCUUGGGGCCCUUCGUGCAGCACAAUGAACAGGAAGUCAAGCCUUCGAUCUGUCCUUCCUGUCAAGGAAAGGGCCCUUUCGAGCUGAACGUUGAGAAUGUCAGUUCAUUUUCUAAAACUUCAAUUAAAAUUUCUGCGCUUUUCACUUUUAGAGAUAUGAACCAGCGAAAUUCAGACCAUUUAUCAUAACUAUCAACGACUGACUAUGCAAGAGUCUCCGAAUAAAGUCGCAGCCGGGCGGCUCCCUCGUUCGAAGGACGUGAUUCUCCUGGGCGAUCUCUGCGAUUCUUGCAAGCCCGGUGAUGAAAUUGUAAGCAUUUAUAGCCUAUCCAGCUCCAGCUGGUCACGAUUUUCUUUCCGCCGAAAAUACCCUAUACCAAGUUAGAUCAAAAUUGAGCAUAUUCUCUUCAAGACCUUUAUUUUCUGCUGUCUUUUAGCAGUUUUGUAGAGCAAAAGUUUGUAUUUACGGAACCUUUUUUUUCUUCUUAUUUUCUGUUCGUAUUCUUUCUUUUCGAAGACAUUUUUGUAGUACAAACUUCCACUUCCAAGCUCAAUUUUUAAAAAUGACAACUUUCCAAAAUUCAGGAAGUCACCGGUGUUUAUACUAACAACUUUGACGGAUCUAUGAACUACAAGCAGGGAUUCCCUGUUUUCAACACAAUCAUUUAUGCGAAUCACAUCUCUAACAAAGGAAAAUUGGCGUGCGAACAGCUCACAGAUGAAGAUAUCAAGGUAACCAACACAGUUCAGAACAAAAAAUCAUUCCUGUUUCAGGCGAUACGAGAACUUUCGAAAGAUCCCAACGUUGGAGCCCGCAUUUUCGCUUCGAUCGCUCCCUCCAUUUACGGACACGAAGAUGUGAAGAAAGCGAUUGCGUUAGCUUUGUUCCGCGGAGAACCGAAGAAUCCUGGAGAGAAGCACAGACUUCGAGGUCUGAAUCGCCUUGAGAAUCGUCUGACUCCUGAAUGAAACAGGUGACAUCAACGUGCUGCUGUGCGGAGACCCCGGCAAGGCCAAGUCGCAGUUCCUGCGCUACGCUGCCCACAUAGCGCCUCGAGCCGUUCUCACAACCGGCCAAGGCGCUUCUGCCGUCGGUCUCACCGCCUAUGUUCAGCGACACCCGGUCACUAGGGAAUGGACCUUGGAGGCCGGAGCUAUGGUUUCUCAUUUUCGUCGAUUUUAUUUUCAAAAAUCCAAUAAUAACAAUAGAUAGAGUAUUUUUUUCGUGGUUUUGAUAAAAGCGAGAGAAAACGCCGGUUCGCAACCUCAUUUACUGGUUUUUGAUUUUUUUCGAGAAAAACCUCUAGUAUGAGCAAAAAAAUGAUAUGACUGAUUUUUUUAAAAAAAUUGAAUAAAAAUUAUUUUUGCUCCUUAUUACAAGCUUUGGUGAGUUUCGUUGAAUUUUUGUCGAGAUAUAGAUUUUCGAGGGGUUCUACCGUAUUUCUUUGAGCUACCGUAUCUCAAAAACGGCUCGAGUUAUCUUAUGACGCAGAACAAGUCUGCGCCUAAAUAUUUUUUUUCAUGUACACAUAGCAAGUGACUGAAGUGCAUAGCAAUCAUAGAUCAACAUGUUUUAAUCGUGAGAAAGAGGAUAAAAUCCAGAAAGUCUUUUCAAAAUUUUUCCUAUAAAAAUUACUUCACUUUUCACCAAAUCAUUUUUCGCUGUAUAAAGGAAAAUAUUCAGAAAUUUUUUCCAUUUUCACUCCGCAGCUUACAUCAAAAACAUGCAAGUAAGCUAUUUUCAGGAGCAGAAUUUCAAGUGUCUCACAAAAAAUACAGACAGCUCUCAAAAACGGAAAAUUUUGAGGAUCUUCAUUUAAGAUCUAUCUAGCCAAAUAUUUUUUGUUGUUUCGGAAAUUGUCUUCCUAGUAAUAUACCUUAUACUCCGUUUUUCGCAAGUUUAAACUGCUGAAUUUCUCUGCGACUCUCUCAUUUCGACAUGCUCUUUUCAUGUUUCUCUGACCUCGCCGUUGAGGGAACAGAGAGACUUUUUUGGAAAAUUCGAAUCAGAAGAGAUCACCAUGAGAUGGUUUUAGAUGGAACUGGUUUCAGGUUCUGGCUGACAAGGGCGUCUGUCUCAUCGACGAGUUCGACAAGAUGUCUGACCAAGACCGCACCUCGAUUCACGAAGCGAUGGAGCAGCAGUCGAUCUCAAUUUCCAAGGCCGGAAUCGUGACUUCUCUGCACGCCCGCUGCACCGUCAUCGCCGCUUCGAACCCGAUCGGCGGCCGCUAUAACGCUUCGCGAACGUUUGCCGAGAACGUCGAUUUGACUGAACCUAUCUUGUCGCGUUUUGACGUACUUUGCGUCAUUCGCGACACAGUCGACCCGAUCGAAGACGAGCGGUUCGUACAUCUCCCAAAACUAGAUCAACUGAGCGAACGUUGCAGACUUGCUACAUUUGUUGUAGAAAAUCACAUCAAGCAUCAUCCAGAGACCGUGAGGAGCGAAGAGGAAGAAGAAAACAUGGAAGAUGACGACGAGAAGGUAUUUCUGGAUUUCAUCUUUUGUAAAAUGCCUCAAAUAGCCAAGUUUUGAGAACUCGCUAUCUUGAGCAUCAUGCUCAUACCCCUUUUAGGGACUACUUUACCAACAUCUAUAGGGGCCACUAAAGCUUGCAAAAGCGGUCCAUUCAGAGUUUUUUUAGUUAGUGGUCCAUAAAGGGGACAUUCUAGUCGAUAAUUUUUUUAUUAAAUCUAUUUGAAGAAGUAUUUCCAUGCAAAAAAAACUAAAUAAACACGCAAAAAUCGAAAGACCCUUAUAGGGUCCACUUGAGGUUUAGAGGCCAAGGGGUCAAAAUCUAAUAUAGCAAGGGACCACCUUGAUUUCAUCCCUAUAGGGACCACUUUUUCGGCCCCUGUAGGGCUCUUUUUCCUUUCAACCACUAUAGGGACCAUUGUGGAAUUCCGAAGUCAGAAAAAAAUUUGAGAAAAAAAAAAUAAUCCAAAGCAAAACAUAAUUUCCAAGAAAAGGGCUAUUUGAAGAUCGAAGAGAGGAACGGAGUGCGAUUAGUGCCGCAGGAACUUCUGAAGAAAUAUAUUAUCUACGCUCGAGACAAAUGUCACCCGGUCCUGGGAAAUCAGCACACGGAAAAGUUCUCCCAGAUUUUCGCUCAAAUGAGAAGGGAAAGCAUGGUAUUUCUCGGUUUUUAACCAAAAAAUCAUUCACUUUGAUAGGCAACGGGCUCCGUCGCAAUCACUGUUCGACACGUGGAAUCCAUGAUUCGGCUCUCUGAGGCUCACGCAAAACUGCACUUGAGGCCGUGAGUAACCCUUUCCGAUUCGUUUCGAGCACCAUUCUCAGAUAUGUCGGCGACGAAGACGUGAACGCCGCUAUCAGGAUCAUGCUCGACAGCUUCAUCAACACGCAGAAGGCCUCCGUAACGCGGCAAAUGCGAAAGGUUUCGGAGAACUCUUGAAAUCUGUCCAACGUGAUUUUUCAGCACUUCGCGCGUCACCUUUCAUCGAACCAAACUGCAAACGAACUGCUUCUCUUCGUUUUGAAACAGCUCUUCCGUGAACAACUCCACUACAAGUCGCGCAAUCAAAACUCUGGCGAAAUCGCUUCGAUCUCCAUCUCUGAAGCGGAUUUCAACGAAAAGGCUUGUUCUCAAAAUUUCACCAUCAAAUAAAAAUAAUUUUUCAGGCUCAUCAAUUGCGUAUCGAAAAUGUGAAGCCGUUUUAUAAUUCUGAACUGUUCAAGUCGCACCAUUUCAAAUACGAUCCCGCUCAGAAACAAAUCGUCCAAGAAAUUUUCUGA